AUAUAAUUUAGAUAAACCCAGUUCCAACAUGAUCCCCUGUUGCUACGAUCACUGACUAUCUGAGUUGGUUUUAUGUUGCUGCAGCGGCAGCGGCUAGAUAAAUCACAGAAAAAGCUCAUAAUACACUACAGAAAUGUUUACACUGUCAACUCAACUGUCAUUUUUAGGAUGUGGUUUUUAGCUUCUUUUGCUUUAGUUGAGUGUCUUUCAGUCAUUUCUGGUAAGGAUGCACUUUUUUUUUGUAUUUUGUCAUGAUUCUUGUGACAUUUCUCCCUGGCAUGUUACAAUAUUUUUCUGUGGUUACAGAUUUAUAACUGCAAAGGGAACAACACAGUUGUGUCAUAUAGUCUACCAAUGGAUAGUCACCGUUUACAGAAGGUUUGAUGAAGCUGUGAUAGAAGAGAGGAGGAAGGCCACAGAGGCCAUGCUUCUAUUUACCACCAGCAUACCUGCUCUCUAUAAUAGCCCACAGCUCAAGGACUUCUUCAGAGGCGGUGAGGUCACAAGGCCUCUGGAUCCCACGCCUGUUUCCUCUGCUGGGCCUCUGCCUCCCCCUCUCAUUCCCCUCCCCAAGCGGAGAGCCUCAGACUGUGAACCUGCAGAGGAGGAGGAAGGGAGGGAGGCUCCCACCUUACCCCAAGACCUGGGCACCAACGUGGGCUUAGAAGUGGGAGAGCCAGAGGUGGCGGCUGAGGCUUACAGCGAGAUGGGAGGGUCUCCGAGAGAAGAAGAAGAACAAGAAGUACUUAGCGAUACAGAGCUGGAGGAAAGAGUUCCGUCUCCUGAACAGUCCCCAGCCAGAAACCACCAAUCACAAGAGUCCCAGGAAGAAUUUGACUCACUGUUUGACUCUGUGACAGAAGAGCAAGUCCCAUCCCCAAAGGAGGAAGGUCCGCCUCCUCUGUCUGAUAAUGACUUGGCUGUCUUUGAUCCCUGCUAUAAAGAAGAUGGAUCCAAUCCCUCCAGUGACUACUCAGAAUUGUUCUCAGUGCCACCAACCAGUCUGGACGGAGGCAACGCUGAAUACUUGAACCAAGCUGCCACUGAGCUAACAGCUGCAAUGGAGAGGGAGAAGGAGGGAGAAUUCAGUUCUGCCAUUCAUGGAUACCGGACGGCGGUGGAUAUACUGAUAACUGGAGUACAGGGUGAUCCAGAUCCAAUUCGCAGGGAGUCUGUGGUGAGAAGGACAGCCCAGUAUCUAAAGCACACGGAGAUGUUGGUUGAAAGGCACUCCUCGCCCACACACACUCACACUCCUACACACACACAUCCACAGGACCCUUAGAUGCACACACACACACACACCGAUUGCAUACACUUUUAACACACGUGACAGAUCUAAGGCAAACAAGCUCAGGGUUGUGACAUACAUACGCACACAUACAUGUCACACACUUAAAGACACUAUGUUGGUACGCAUACAUAAAGUGAGAUCACAGACUGGAUUGGACAAGACCAUUCAGAAACGCAAGCUCUUUCAGGUGCAAAACUACAACCCCAGCACACACACACACACACACACACACACACACACACACACACACAUAGACACACACUUGUGAAGUACACUGCACAGUCCCUUUAGCUACCUUUGUUUUGUGAAAAAAUCUGUGAUUUACUAAAUCAAGAGAAUCUGGAAACUAAAAGUGACCUGCAAACCUAAAGGAUAAAUAAUCCCUUCUCUUUCUUAAAUAUUUCUUUCCUUUUAAAAUGUUUUCUUGUUAAAUACAGUAAUGAAUAUGUAUAUCAGCAAUUUGCAUUUUGCACAAACUGUGUAUUUGUUAAUAAAUAUGAUUUUAAUCAAAGUC